GCACACAACACUCAAAUCACACUUCAUUCUGAGAAGACGCAGCAACCUCUGUUCUUCAUUCUCUUUAUUUUCUGAGAAUUCAGAGGUAGCAGCAAAUUGCACAUGUUGCACAUGGCAAAAUCAUUAUCUAUAACACUUGGCCAAGUCAUGUCCUCUGCUAGAUUGGCCAGACCAACCCAAUGCUUGCGUCUUCUCUCCACAAAUCCCACCCGUUAUCCGCUUCAGUACGAUAUGAUCAUCAACCGUCCAAUCAACUCUGACCUCAAUCAAACACGCCGUCGACCUGUUCGACGAAAUGACUCUCCUUCUGAGACUUUUUCCGAACCGGACGAACCCACUUCCGAGUUGGGUUUAGAUAGCUGGGUCGACCGGAAACUGGCUUCCGAGGCCGAACCGGGCCAACCCACUUCGCAAAAAUUGGAACUUGACAAGGCCAAGAGGAAGUAUUACAACAAACGGAGGAAGAGGAUGUAUGGGUCGGAAUCUGAUGAAGAGGGUAACCGACCCGAGGAUAAUUUCGUUGAAUUGAAGCCUGAGGUGGUUGAGUUUCCCACUUUGCACAGAAGAGAAGAGGAAUUGUAUUUCUACGACACGUUUGCGUAUCCUUGGGAGAAGGAUAAGCAUUAUAAGAUGGUUUAUCAGUUGGAGAAGAAGUACUUUCCUGACCAAUGCCUUGAUAAAGCGUUUCUCCAAUCAGGACAAUCAAAUGCAAAUGCAAAUGCAAAUGCAGAUGCAAAUAGAAAGGACAAGGCUAGGAAAAGAGUUGGUGGUGUUAGUAGUAGGGAGAAGAAAGAUGAGGUUGGUGUUGGUGGUGAUAACAAGUUGGUGUUUUUUGAGGAGAAAGGGGAAGAAGAAAAAGAGAAGGGUGAUGGUGAUGCAAGUAAAGAUCUUACGGAAAAGAAGGUUGAGGAGUUCUUUAAGGGCUUGAAGAAAGUUCCCAAUGAAGAUGCACAAGUUGAAGAGCCAUAUCUUUCUUCAAGGAGGACUGGCCUCCCUCCCAUAUGGGAUAGUCCACAUGGCACUGUGGUUUUGGUUAACAAACCCAAAGGUUGGACUUCAUUCACAGUUUGUGGAAAGCUUCGUCGCAUCGUCAAAGUGAAGAAGGUAGGCCAUGCUGGAACUCUUGACCCAAUGGCUACUGGUUUAUUGAUUGUUUGCGUUGGUAAAGCAACAAAACUGGUAGACAGAUAUCAAGGGAUGAUUAAGGGUUAUAGUGGGAUUUUCCGCCUAGGGGAGGCUACUUCAACAUGGGAUGCUGAUUCACCAGUCAUUCAGCGUGAGCCAUGGGAGCACAUCAAAGACGAGGACAUAAAGAAAAAUGCUUUGUCCUUUUGUGGGGAGAUCUGGCAAGUUCCUCCUAUGUUCUCUGCUAUCAAAGUUGGAGGUGAAAAGAUGUAUGACAAAGCAAGGAGAGGAGAAAGUAUUGAACUUUCGCCUAGACGAAUUUCAAUUUUCCUGUUUGACAUAGAGCGUAGCUUGAAUGACAGGCAAAAUUUGAUUUUUAGAGUGACAUGUUCUAAAGGGACAUAUAUUCGGUCACUCUGUGCAGAUUUGGGGAAGGCUCUUGGCAGCUGUGCCCAUUUAACUGCUCUCCGAAGAGAUUCAAUUGGGCAAUAUUUAGCGGAUGAUGCAUGGGACUUUCAAGAGCUGGAAGAGGCUAUCACCAAAAGUUAUCUCUAACUGCUCUGUUACUCCCUCCUAUAAUUAUGGGAGCCAUGACAUGCAACAUUUUUUAUUUUAUUUUUAUUUUAUUUUUAAGGUAAAUACAUGCAGAGUGGUUUAUAAACCGAUUUUCUAGCACAUGUUCCUCUCUAGAAUUAUUUAUUUUUUUUUUAAUUUUCAGAUUUGAUUUUUGACUUAUCAGGUACAUAAAAUCGAGAAAAUUAUGCUGUAAAAUUUAU